GGAGUACAUCCCCUCUGGCUGCUGGAGUUUGAAUUCCUUUGUUCCUCAGAGUACCAUGUGCUCCAUGAGGCACUCUGACACUCUCUGUUCUAGCAUGCUGGCCUAUUAGUUCUUCCAUAUAACCACGGAUGACGUGUAUGAACACCGGAGAUUUCUUAUGACAGGACCUGUCAUACUUUCCAAGUUUAUUUAUUUCUCAUGCACCUUACACAGGGCGUAAUUUUAAAUCGCUUGAAAGAACUUUCAGUUGCAGUUGGUUUUCCCCAUGACAAUAAAGUUAUUUUCCCGUCCUGUAGUCGGAUGAGUGCUAUGUCUUUCGGGAACACGUAGUAGGGGGGUAGAUGGAACCAUUCGGCAAACAUAUUUUUUUAGUAGCACAAGGGCCAUUAAGGACUUAGGAGCCCAUAUGUACUAGAGUUCGGUCAGGUGGGUGUUGGGGACCCCCCACCCCCUCUGUCAUCAUAAUCAGGACAUUGAUACUAAACCAAGUGAAACAUAGAAGACUUUUGGUGAUGCCCUCACCUUGUCUAGGUUUGUUAUGUCCUAAGUGGUAUCAAGCAACAUACAUAAUGCCUGGCCAGAUUUCCACAAACAACUUCUCCAAGUUCCUCUUGACACCAUUUGGGCUAGAAGUGAGAACAUUGAUUCUAGACCAGGUGAGAAGUAGACAUUUGCUUCUCAUGGUGCCCUUAACAGUCUCCAGGUUUAGUAUGUCCAAGUGGUACUCCCUGCCUAGCCAACAUCAACACACGCUUCUCCAAAGUUUUCUACAUAGACCAUUUGGACUUGAAAUGAGGACAGUGAUUGACUUUAAACCAGAUGAGAAUUAGAAGGUGCUCCUCAUGAUGAUGGUGGUGGUCCUCCACCAUUCUCCAAGUUUAGAAUGUCCAAGUGGUAUUGAGUACAAGCACCUUCUCCACUCCAUUCCUGGCCAACAUCAACACACAGACUUCUCCUAAUUCCUCUACACAUCAUUUGGACUUGAAACGAGGACAGUGAUUGACUUUAGACCAGAUGAGAAUUAGAAGGUGCUCCUCAUGGUGCGCUCACCAUUCUCCAAGUUUAGAAUGUCCAAGUGGUAUCGGGCACAAGCACCUUCUCCACUCCAUUCCUGGCCAACAUCAACACACAGAUUUCUCCUAAUUCCUCUACACACAAUUUGGACUUGAAAUGAGGACUGUGAUUGACUCUAGACCACCUGAGAAGUGACAACACUAUUUAUGGUGCCCUCACUGUUCUAGAGGUUGAUAUCCAGGUGGUAUGGGGCAAAUAGGACCUGCUUGACUUGCUGCCUGACUAGCACAAACACAUUUUCUCCUAAUUCCUCUUGACCCUCUUAUUUUUUUCAAAUGAGGACAGUGAUUGACUGUAGACCAGAUAAGAAGUGGAAGGUCCCCUUUAUGGUGCCUUCACCAUUCUCCAGGUGUUAUGAGGUAACUAAGGACCUCCCUCACUUGCUGCCUGACUAGCACCAACACAUUUUCUCCCAGUUCCUCUUGACCCCAUUUGAAUUGAGGACAGUGAUUGACUGUAGAUCAGAAGUGGAAGGCCCCCUUUAUGGUGCCUUCACCAUUCUCCAGGUGUUAUGGGGUAACUAAGGACCGCCUUCACUUCCUGCCUGACUAGCAUCAACUACAGAUUGGUUCUCCCAACUCCUUCUGACCCCAUUUGGACUAGGAGGAAGAGGUUGUUUGUUGUCUGACCCCAGUUACUUAUUAUGGCGUAUGAGUCUUCGGGAUAUCAUCACCUACAGAUUGAAUGUUUAGUUCCUCUGUCAGGCAGUGAGACUGAGGAUGAUGAUGGUAUGGAUAUUCCGCUAGACCUUUCCUCCACUGCUGGCUCAGGGAAGAGGAGGCGGCGAGGAAAUCUACCCAAAGAGUCGGUCCAGAUUCUGCGAGACUGGCUGUAUGAACAUCGAUACAAUGCCUACCCCUCAGAACAAGAGAAGGCUCUUCUGUCCCGGCAGACUCAUCUCUCUACUCUACAGGUCUGUAACUGGUUCAUCAAUGCACGGCGUAGGCUUUUGCCUGAUAUGUUAAGAAAAGAUGGCAAGGAUCCGAAUCAGUUCACCAUUUCUCGAAAAGGGGCCAAAAUCACUGAUGUGAUCCAGAUGGACUCUCCUACAGGGACAAAGCCUUACAUUCCCACUAUAGAUGAAAACUCUUUUUGCAUCAGUUCAACGGGAUCUAACCAGAACUCAGGGAAGUUACUGGCCUCUCAACUGUCUUCUCAGCAGUCUCUUCUGGCUCGCCCCUCAGUCAUCUGUCAUACCACUGUAACAUCACUAAACGAUGCUCCUUUCAACUUCACCCAUGUGUUGAAUGCUGGACAGAUCCCAGACCAGCAGCAGUCCGAGGCAAACAACCUAACAGAGACCUCACUUGUAUGCCACGAAGACACUAUUAAAUUAGGACAAAAUUCAAGCCCACAAAGCGGACUUUUCAACACUCCUCCACCUACCCCACCAGAUCACAAUCAGGAUUUCAGUGGCUUCCAGUUAUUGGUUGAUGUUGCCCUCAAACGAGCAGCAGAGAUGGAGUUGCAGUCGAAACUCUUGACCUAACUUCCCCCCACUUGUAAAGUGUUCAGAACAUUUCCUUUUGAACUGCUCAAGUUGAUAUGUUGAUAUCAAAGACCUUUUUGCAUUUUUUUUUUAUAAAUAUAUAUUCGUGUUAUUUGCACACGGGAUUGUCAAAAGUGAAGCUUUCUUGACAAAAAGUCUUACCCCUUUCAAUUGAAGACUUCUUUUUUUUUUUUUUUCUUUCUUAGCCCCCUAAAAACAUAAACUGUGACCUACAGCUUUUGACUUUUUUGUUAAGAUUCUCUGUAGCUGUUUCUAAAGGAUGUUGAGUUUCAAAACUUUUUUCAUGGGCUCAUUCAAACUUUCAAUAACUUAAACUCAGGGGUGAAGGAGAGCUAAUAGCAAGUAUUUUGUUUGUGUGAUUGUAUAUAUUAUACAGUUACACCUACUUCGACUAUAUACUGUAUUUUCAUUCCAAUGUUUCUAUAGGAUAGAGCUACUGUAGAAACAGGCGUUAUGUUUCUUGGUAGAUUUUGCUGAAAUGUGAGAUACUUCCCAAGAUUGUGACUUUUUUUAUGACAUUUUUUGGUACCUUUUUCAGACUGUGCAAUAUUAAAGGAAAAACAAACCCCAGACAUUUUAUCAUUCCAGAGCAGCAGAUCAUGCUCACAUACUGUCUACCACAUUUUCGUUUUUUCCAUUUUUUUUUUUUCAGUAUAUUAUAAAAUAUUUUGUUUAAAGUUAAUGUAAAAAAUUUGUUUUUGUUACUUGGGAAUGGCAUUAGAAUACCAUGUAACUGGAUACUGUUCCCUUUUUGGACUAUUAACUGCAAUGUAAAGAAUUUUUCUUUGACAUGUA